AACUUACCGUGGCAAAAACUCUGAAAAGAGGUAAAAAAUGCCUGAGAAGAAAAACCGUUGCUUGCUUCUUUUUGGGUCCCAGACCGGACAGGCUGAUGCUAUUACUGAGGAGAUCCAACAGAACUCAGUCACACAUGGACUGGAAUUCGAAAGACAUUGUCUUAGUCAGGUGGAGAAGAAAUUCACCCUGGAAAAAGAGACCUGUGUUGUGAUCGUCACUUCCACAACCGGGGAUGGAGAACCGCCUGACACGGCUUUAAAAUUUUUCAGAAGAUUGAAAAAGAAAACUCUUCCAAGUGAUUACUUAUCACAUCUCAAUUAUGCUCUUCUGGGGCUGGGUGAUUCUAAUUAUACGAAUUUUUGCAAUGCUGGCAAGACCCUGGACAAGAGAUUAGAGGAACUGGGGGCUCAGCGGUUCUAUCCCUGUGGCUGGGCUGAUGAUGCAGUGGGGUUAGAACAAGCAGUAGAGCCAUGGAUUGAGGGACUCUUUCCAGCACUCAAACAGUUUUUAUCCCUUGAUUCACUGAACAAAUCUGGUCCCUGCAGCUAUGAAACAAGUUGUGAUAGUAUUCAUUGUACAGUCAAGCUUGCAGAAAAUACAGAGGGUGUAGUUCAAAGUGAGAAAACUGAAGUGACUAAUGUUACAGCAAACGGUCAUUCAUCAACAAAUGGAGAUCCUCCAAAUGAUAGUGUUGAUUCUAAAGAGAAACAAGAAGUUUCUAAUGGACAUAAUGUAUCUACAUCAGAAUUAGAUGUAAAAUCUGUAAUUAAUGGGACAGAAUCAUUGGAAAGAAAGCUUGAAGACGUGUUACUAGAAGAUACCCCAGAAGCAUCUCUCAGGAAAUCAGUUCAACCACUAUGUGAUAGUGCUGUAACAGUUCCACUGCUUUCACCUGCAUAUCUCAUCAUUAAAUAUGAUCCAACAGAAAGUGUUGUAGACCAGUCUCCUUCUCCACUAAAUACUUCUACUGCAUCAAACAUUUCCAAUGCCACAAUUAUCAGUGCAGAUAUUUUAACUUCACAGGAUGCAAUAAAGAAAACUUUGAAAUUGGGACUAAAACUUGACAGUGAUUUUUCGUACCAACCAGGGGAUUCUGUGUCUGUUUAUUGCCAGAAUGAAGAAAAAGAGGUGGAAAUGUUACUUAAGAGGCUGAAUGUUCUAGACAAAGCUGAUUGUGUUUGUCAGAUUGAGCUGAUGAAAGACACCAAAAAGGCAAAAGCAGUGAUUCCACUCCAUCUCCCCACAGUCUCAACACUCAAAAACUUAUUCACUUUCCAUAUAGAUAUAAGGGAACCUCCAAAAAAGUCUGUGAUAAGACAGCUUGUGGAAGAGACGACAAACCCCAAAGGGAAGCGAAGACUUCAAGAACUUUGUAGUAAACAGGGUAUGGCUGAUUACACCAAGUUUAUCCGGAAUCCUGAGAUCAGUAUACUUGAUCUCCUCCACGCAUUUCCUUCCUGUCAGCCUCCUGUGGAGAGGUUAAUAGAGUCACUUCCAAAGCUACAACCACGACCAUACUCUGCCUGCAGCUCCCCACUGAAAAUACCGGGACAGCUAGAUAUUGUCUUCAAUGUGGUCAAUAUUCCAGAAGGAGAUGGUAGGAGCUUUUCAAGGCAGGGAAUAUGCACGGGUAUGUUAGAUAAGAGGACAUUAGAUAUUCAAAAUAUAGGAUAUCAGGAAUCAGAAGGGACUAAUGGAAAAGGCCUACAGUUGCAAAUUUCUGCAAGGUCUAAUCAGUUUUUCCGCUUGCCUGUUGAUGUAUCUGUACCUAUUAUUUUGGUUGGGCCUGGUACAGGGGUAGCCCCCUUUGUGGGAUUCCUACAACACAGAGAAAUGCAGAUGAGCCAUCCUGAAACUGAGGACCAAGUGUUUGGAGAAACAUUUCUGUUCUUUGGCUGCAGGAACCAAUCUCAGGAUUUCUUAUUCAGGGAAGAACUUAUGAGACUACAGGAGGCUCGUGUUUUGACCGAACUGUUUGUCUCAUUUUCCCGCGUUAGUUCUACAGAAGAGCCUAAGUAUGUGCAGGAUAACAUUCUUAAGCAUGCUGAUCAAAUGCUUGAUUUGAUAGAGAACAGGAAUGCAGUGAUUUAUGUUUGUGGUGAUGCAAAGAAUAUGGCCAAAGAUGUGAAUCAAGCUUUUAUGACAAUUCUGCAAGAGAAGAGAGGCCUAAGUGACAGUGAAGCCAGAGGUCAUGUGACCAAACUGAGGCUUGGAAAACGGUACCUGGAGGAUGUGUGGACAUAG